CAGGGCCAGACAGGCUACCCCUUCAUUGAUGCCAUCAUGACGCAGCUGCGCAGCGAGGGCUGGAUCCACCACCUCGCUCGGCACGCCGUCGCCUGCUUCCUCACCCGCGGGGACCUCUGGGUGUCCUGGGAGGAAGGGCUGAAGGUCUUUGAGGAGCUCCUGCUAGACGCAGACUGGUCCCUCAACGCCGGCAACUGGCUGUGGAUUUCAGGCAGUGCCCACCGGUAUUUCCGCAUCUACUCGCCCAUCGCUUUCGGAAAGAAGACAGACCAAGAUGGGGCGUACAUUCGGAAAUACCUUCCUGUCCUCAAGGAUUUCCCCACCGAGUACAUCUACGAGCCCUGGAAGGCACCACGGGCUGUGCAGGAGCGGGCAGGCUGUCUGGUGGGCACCCACUACCCCCGGCCCAUCGUGGAACACAGCACGGCAAGCAAGAGGAACCUGGAGCGCAUGAAGGCAGCCUACGCCCGAAAAGGCAACGAAUCCACUAAAAAGCACCAUACUCCCCCCACAGCCUUGCUAUCACCCCAGCUGCCUCCAGGCACCAAGCAGGAGCCACCAGCCAGCCCCUCAGUGGCCAAAUUGCAAAGGAAAAAGCCUGAGGACGAGCAGCGCUGA